AUGGAAGUCGGAGAGCUCCGAUUCAUCGAUGGCCUGUGCAUCCGCUCCUUCUUUGCUGAAACACUUAUCAAAUCAGCCAUGGCUUACAGUCCUCGCCCCGACGACGUGUUCGUCGUUUCGUAUCCCAAGUGUGGUACGACCUGGACUCAGUAUCUAAUACUCAGCAUCCUCACGGACGGAGAACCGCCAACGAAUUUCGAAGACCUCAUGCUAGCCUCUCCAUACAUGGAAAUGAUGGACGCGGAAGCGGCUGAGAAAAUGCCCAGACCGGGACUUCUCAAAACCCACCUGCCUUUCGAGAAACAACCAUAUUCUCAGCAGGCAAAGUACAUCUACGUCGCACGCAAUCCGUACGACGUUUGCGUGUCGUACUACUAG